UUUGAGUUACUUCGAUCGAUUUUUAUGGAAGUUAAUAUAGAGAAUGCUGAAACAAAAACUGGGUUUCUCUUAGAUUUCUUUUCUGUUUAUGAACAAAAUGAUAAAGGCCAUACUUGUUUGUUGGGGUUUAUAAUCGUUUCCUUUAAGCUAAAGUAUAAUCAUCAAUCGUCAGUACAAAUCUUCUACGAGACAAAAAAUGGAAGUAGAUAUGAUGAACAAAGUUGAUUCAAAGAACUUGAAAUCAUGUUGGUGGGAUAGUCAUCUCAAUCCUGAAAAUUCUGAAUGGCUAGCUGAAAAUUCAAAAGAAAUGGACCUGAAUGUUAAACAAAUAGUGAAAUUGGUGGAAGACAACAGUGAAGAUGUGACUAAAUCCAAGGUGAUUGUCCAAGUUCAAGAACUCUACCGUAUUUAUCGAAAUUUGGCCGAGCGGUAUGAUCAUUUGACUGGGGAACUGCGUAAAACUCAAGGCCCUGAUAGUGGUUUGGAUCAAAUCUCUCCAAUGGUUACACCUGAUAAGCCUGUUCAACAAGCUUCAUCUUUCAGUUCUGUUGGUGGUAGUUCUGAGAAAGAAGGGACCGAAUCGUCUUCGUUUUCAUCAGAUUCUGACUCUGAAUCUUUCAUCUCAUCUGUCAACGUUUACUUGAGUUCGGCGAUGGAUACUGAUAAAUCGAAGAUGAGGGAAAACCGAAGGUAUGAAGAAUUGAAUGAAAAGCUCACUAGGUAUGAAGAAGAGUUAAGGGAUUCGAACCUAAAACUCUUACUUGCAGAAGAAGAAAUUGUGAAGUUGAAUACAAAGCUCAAGAAGAGUGAGUCACUCGAAUUGGAAUUGCAAAAACAGAUAAUUGAGCUCGAAGCUUGUUUUUCAAACUCGAACUCUGAAGUUAUGAGGUUGAUGGAGGAGCUUUCUACAAGUAAAGAAAAUAUCAAAGCAUCAGAAGAAGAGAUUGUAAUGUUAAAUGCACAAAAUUUGAGGUACGAAAACGAUCUAUUGAACCGAGGUCACGAAGUUGAAGAACUAAAGGGUGCAUUAUGUGAUGCUAGAGAUAAUUUCUCUAUACAGAAAGCAAGCUUUCAAUCAGAAAUUUUUGGUUUGUUAGAAAAAGAGACUCUCUUAGAAGCAAGACUCAAGGAAUGGGAAUUACAUGGAAGUGUAUUGGAGGAAAAAAUAAGGCAACGUGAGACCAAAAAUUCGGAAAUCGAAAGCUUGCUUGUUGUACAAGAAACCAAUUUACAAGGUCAGAUCAAUCAAUUGAAGACAGAACUUAAUGAGAAAGGUAUACACAUAGAAGCUUUGAAUAAGAACCUUGACAAAAUGAAAUUGAAAUAUGAUAUGCUUAUGACAGACAAAGAUUGUGUUACUGCAACAGUAAACAAUCUCGUGGCCGAGGUUCGUUCUCGUGAUUUACAGAUCAGACAAAUGGAGGACCAUUUACAACAAUUAAGCAAGGAACAUAUGCAGCUAACAAAGAAUCUAGAAGAUGAGUUGAAAUUGAAGAUAAAGGACCUUGAGAAGGAAGUGGAUAAGCAAAGGAACAUGAUCUUAGAUGUGUCAGAAGAGAAAAGAGAGGUAAUAAGACAGCUUACAUUCAGUCUGGACCAUUACAGGAGUGGUUAUAAAGAGCUUCAGACAUUCCUCAAGCACAAACGACAAGCGGUUAUCGCUUUAUGAGUUCGAUUAAAUAUGAGUAUCGGUAUAGUUACUUGUCUGGAUUGUCUUUUUCCCUUGAUGUAAUCUUUCGUUUAACUUGUUUUAUGAACUUAUUAGUACUUAAAUUUGAGUUUCUGUGGGAAGUUUUGGGUGAUAUAUGUGUAUUUGCUUAGAUAAACUUGAAGCUGUCAUUAGACUAUAUAUAUAUAUAUAUAUCUUUUUCAUGUUA